AAGCAAUUAAUCAUUUACUCCAAAAACUCCUUUUUUUUUUUUUUACUUUAACCGGUAAAUCUCCAGUUACUCUCACAUUUUCCCUCGGAACUAACCGGUCAACCUCCUCCGUCUCUUCCUCCACUUCUCUUUCCAUCUGAUCAAACUCAGUCGCACACACAAUGCCAACUUUAUAAUCAGAAAAAAACCGAAAGAGAAGAAUUUCACAACUCAAAAAAUGUCUCAGAAUUCAAACACAAACGCAAACGCAAACACAAACAGUAACAGUAGUACCAGCAACGUGAUUCCGGUGAGCGAAUUGUAUUGGUCAUUGGUGGACAAAGCUGACAAGAAAUUCUCUAAGAUCAGAGACUUGCCCUAUUAUCAACGCAACAGGUAUGAUACAUACUUCUAUAAGGUAUUCAAAGUGUACACGCAGUUGUGGAAGUUUCAACAGGAGAAUCGGCAGAAAUUGGUGGAUGCAGGGCUUAAGAGAUGGGAGAUUGGUGAGAUUGCGUCUCGGAUUGCGCAGCUUUAUUUUGGGCAGUACAUGCGGACGAGUGAGGCGAGUUAUUUGUCGGAGUCCUAUGUAUUCUACGAAGCAAUAUUGACUCGUGAAUAUUUCAAGGAGGGAUUGUUUCAGGAUGUCAAUCUCGCGAACAAACAGUUGAGGUUUCUUGCUAGGUUUCUCAUGGUGUGUUUAGUUUUGAACCGGCGGGAAAUGGUUCACCAGUUGGUUAACCAGCUGAAAAUGUUGGUUGAUGAGUGCAAGAGGACAUUCCAGGAAACUGACUUUAAAGAAUGGAAGCUGGUGGUUCAGGAAAUAGUUAGAUUAUUGAAAGCUGACACGGCUUUUAUGAAUAUCAGGCCCUUGAGAUAUAGUCUUGUUUUGGACCCUCAUCCUGAUUCACUAUCACAUGAUCUCCCAUCUGUUCCAUUGAGAAAUUUAAGAUUACGAGAUGCAAUAUUGAGCAGCUACCAUCAUAAUGAGGUCAAGUUUUCAGAGCUUACUCUUGACACUUUCAGGAUGCUUCAAUGUCUGGAGUGGGAGCCUAGUGGCUCAUUUUAUCAGUCAAGCAGUGCAAGAAUUAUCCAGAAUGGAGCCUCGGGGUCUAGUCGUAUGAACUACUCCCAGGAUAUUGCUGAUCCUACUUUGCCACCUAACCCUCGGAAAGCCGUCUUAUAUCGUCCAUCUGUUACACAUUUCAUUGCAGUUCUGGCCACAAUUUGUGAGGAGCUUCCCCCUGAUGGAGUUCUUUUAAUAUAUCUGUCAGCUUCAGGUACUGGAACUUUUAUUGACACAACAGGGAAUUCUGCCAGGAAUCUUCAGUUGCAUGCUAUCUACUCUGAUGCAACCUCUGCUUCACCAUUUGGCCCCCAAUGUGAUGUCUUGGACCCUUCUCAGAAAAGUCAAGGAGAUUGUUUGCAACACCAAUCUGGUUGCUUGCAAUUUGGAACUCGUGGAAGUGGAGGAUUAAACUGCAUUUACCCUAGUGACUUUGUUCCGUUUACAAGAAGGCCACUUUUUUUAAUUAUUGACAGUGACAACAGUGCAGCAUUCAAGGCUAUAGUUGGAGCAGAAAAAGGAGAGCCAGUUGCUAUGCUCCUAUCUCCAAGCUCUUCAUCUCCCAUUGCUGCUGCUGAUUCCUCACGUCACACAAGUGGAAGGCUAUUCACCAUUUUUCUCACUGCUCCGUUGCAGGCUUUCUGUCUGCUACUUGGUCAUUCAGGUUCUGAUAUUGAUAUGGAUUUGUUUAACAAGGCUGAGAAGCUGCUUUCCUCAUCAUUAAAUGCUUGGGGAUCAGCUUUGGCAACAUCAAACACUCUAAAUCCUGUUUGGGCACAGACCCUGAGUGAUCCAUUCCUAAGACGACUUCUCUUAAGAUUCCUCUUUUGUCAGGCAGUCCUAACGCUAUAUGCCCCAACCUUCAAUAAGAAGGAAUUCCAUCCUAUGUGUAUGCCCCCUCUUCCGGUGUCUGUCCUGCCAACAACCACCAAUUCUCAAAUGGUCGUAAUGCAGAUUGCAAGCAUCUUUAAUGCAGUGAACAAUUUUAUCUUCUCUGAAGAAGUGGUGCUUCCUGAAGAUAAACAUGAUGACACUGAUGCGAUGUCCAAUUGAUGUACAUAUCUUGCAGAAUAUGAACUUCCAAGUUUAAAAUGUGUUUUUAUUUGUGGGUUUUGUAAUCUUUUCAUGAAAAUGAUCCUAGCAUCUUAGGAUGGGUUCUGUGCAGGAAAAUAAUUGCACAAAUACAGAGCUUCCAGGUUGUGAAUUUGUUAUUUGUGUAGAACAACUGGGUGAUGUUGAUAUUUUUUGAGUGGAGAAAAAAAAAUUCAGUAUGGAUGCAAUUUCGUGACAUUCAGUGAAAUGUAGAUAAA